UUGUUCAAACUGAUCUUGCUUCUCUCCCUCAGCGUUGCUGCUGGCGAGGAGGGGGUCGGAGGCAGCACCUUGCUGUGUGUAUCUGCGCGCAUCUAUUCCGAUCUGGCAGAUAUCAACGCGUGACGAUGAACGGCGCAUAGGCUGCAGCUCAGCGAGGAGAGGAUAACGUUGGUGACGGAGUGACAAGUCCAAGACGUCUAGCGCUUGUGCACACACUCACGCCGGUUUCUUCUGCCUCUGCAAAGUGCUGUUUUCACCCUUGUUUCGUCGUUCGGCCGUCUCUUCACCCUGUGGGAGCUUUGGGGAGCACCUGCACUGAGGCGCAAAGCUCACAUUCCUGAGGAUUGCGCCACUGAGACGGGUCUCGUUUUGACAGAAAAGGUCCAGGAUGGCCCUCAGUCUGUGUGCCGCUGGGCAGCAGAUCCUCCUUGCCCUGAUGCUGCUGCUCUAUUUAAGCUCGGGUGCAGCCUCCUCCAUAGUGAACAUGCGUAGGAUCACACAUCCUACUGUACAACAAACGCUGGCAGGCAACGCCGUCCUCCCCUGUUUCUUCACCCUUCAGACCAGCUCCUUCAGCCAGCCUUCCCACCUCCUGUGGACUCGCAUCAGGGCACCAGCAAAAGGAGAGGGUGCUCCUCUGGAGCAGAUUGUGCUCUCUGCUAAAGGUGAUGUAAUCAAGGUGAAUAAGGCUUUCAGUGGCCGCGUCACGCUGCCAGGAUACACUGCCAACCCUCUGAAUGCUACCAUGGAGAUCUCCAGCCUCCGGACCAACGACUCGGGCACUUACCGCUGUCAGGUUGUCCUGGGUAACGAAUAUGAGCGAGACACGGUGCCCCUGGUGGUCUCCGGUCUGGUGUUUCACUACCAGGCUCCCAGCACCAGAUACGCCCUCUCAUUUGCCGAUGCUCAGCGGGCCUGCCAGGAAAACUCGGCUGAGAUGGCCACACCGGCCCAGCUGUGGGCAGCGCACUCUGACGGCUUUGCCAGCUGUGCAGCCGGCUGGUUGGAUGAUCAGACUGUCCGCUAUUCGGUCCAGUUGCCAGGGCUUGGUUGCUAUGGACACAAGGAGUACUCAGCUGGAGUGAGGAACUAUGGGAAGAGGGACCCCAAAGAACUGUUUGAUGUGUACUGUUUGGCAAAAGAACUGGAUGGUGAAGUCUUUCACUCCGCAGUCCCGGGCAGGCUGUCUCUGCCGUCGGCAUCAGACCGCUGUGUGUCCCUCGGCGGGCAGCUGGCCACAGUGGGACAGCUUUAUCUGGCCUGGAAGGCCGGCCUGGACAGCUGCGCACCGGGCUGGUUGUCUGAUGGCAGCGUGCGCUACCCGGUGACCUUGCCUCGCCCGGACUGUGGAGGGAGCCAGCCAGGAGUCCACACCGUCGCACCCAACAGCACUGCGGACAACACCACCAUGCUAUAUGAUGCGUACUGCUACAGAGGCAAAGUGGAGAAUUCAGGCUCCAUCUCUCAGAUCUACACCUCCCUGUGGAAGCCCUGGAGCUACCUCGCAGGCUUAAGUGAUGCUGACUCCACAAGGACGGGCAGUCCAGACGCGACUACACAGCAAACCACCACUACCGGAGGGUCCACAGAUGCCGGUGAUGUUUCACCAUCAAACUGGACAGGAUCGAUUGAACUAGAAGACGUGGCCUCCGUCCGCAGCACUGAAGCAUCCUCAGACCCCUGGUCCUCAGAAUCUUCAGGGUCAUUUGUGACCCUCCGGCUGAUCCCAGGACAGAACCUCUUAGACUGGGGAGAGCCGCUGGAGCCUGGCCCCGACUCUGAGGAGUUUCUCCGACCGCCGGUCAACCCUACUCCUGCUGACAAGAAGGUGAUCUCAAAGAUCAUCAAGUCCAUUUGGAAGCCUUGGAACUACCUGGCGGGGACUGGAGAUGAGGAAGGAACCCAAGCACCAAGACAAGCAGGGGAAGACGAAAUGGCCACGAAAAAGACAGAUGAUGGGUCAAAUUCAUCCAGUGCAGCAUCACCAAGUUUGUUUUCCUGGGGCAGUUCAUGGUUCAACAGCACCACAAGGGAAAAUUCUACACCACCCAGUAAAGAAUCUCCCACUCGUCUGGCAUCUACUUUGGCCGCCUCCAGUAACUCUAUGACUACAGAGAGCACCAAGAGCUGGGAGACUUCAGAUACGCACACGUCCACCGCCUCCAGCUCUGCACCCGGAAUCACCUCAUCCAAAGGGGAGACAUGGGUCCGUGUUGAAUCAGCGACCACAACCCAGCCGGGUGACAAGAGGGAGGAGACGGUAACCUCCAGAGGCAGCGGUAGAGGAGGCAGAGGAAGAGGGAAGAAGAACAGAGGGGAGGACAGGAACAGGGGAGAAGAGAAGGGGAGAGGAGAGGAUAAAGGGAAAGGAGAAGAAGAGGGGAGUGGAGAAAUCACUGGAGCAGAAGCAAAAGGGGAGAUACAAGUUUCACGUCGACCAGCUGGAACAAGCAAACCAAGAGAAAGAUCCAGAGAACGAUCUAGAGACAGGGGUCACAGGAAGGGACAGUCCACCACUACCGCUUCUACCACUACUACUGCUAGUCCUCUGGAGCUCACAGUGAUGACCACAACUGGGUCGGAAAGGGCUGACUUAUCUACAUCUGAAUCCCCGUCCACCUCACCGGCAAAAAUCCCAUCCCCAUCAAGCUUACCAGAUCCAUACCAAACCCUCUCCUCAUCUCCAUCACCUUUGUCCUCUGUUACUGCGUCCCCAUCUCCCUCCUCCCAACCAUCCCCAUCUCAAUCCCUGUUUGAAUCCCAAUCCCAAUCUCCAUCCCCAUCCCCGUCUAGUCCAUCUUCCUCCUCCCCAUCCCCGUCUAGUCCAUCUUCCUCCUCCCCAUCCCCAUCUCCACCCACUUCCUCACCUUCAUCCAAUUCCCAAACCCCAUCCCUCUCGACCUCACCAUCAUCCCCCCGUUCCCCAUUUCAAACUGCCGGAUCAGGAGACCCAGCUCCAUCUACUCGCUCAGACAUCCAGGACAGCUCCACUAAGUCCCUGACAUCGUCCCACUGGAUCCCAGUGGAGAAAGCACUUCUGAACAGCUCUCUGGAUCAUCCUCCAUUACUGUCGGGACCCCCAGAUGUGGAGGAGCCUGCUUGGUCUCACGCUGUGGGGUCAGGGGCCCUGUUACCUGGCAACAUGGAGGAGGAGAGCAGCAGAGGCGGAGUCAACAUCAGUACCGUAACUCUCAGCCCAACAGACGAGUUGGAUCCCUGCGUGACAAACCCGUGUCUGCACGGAGGAAAGUGCCUCCCGCAGGGAACGGGCUACAGCUGCUACUGCCCACAAGGAUACACUGGGGAGAACUGUGAGAUUGAUGUUGAUGACUGCCAGUCUGAGCCAUGUGAAAAUGGAGGCACUUGCAUCGACAAGAUUGAUUCAUUCCUCUGCCUUUGCCUGCCCAGCUAUGGAGGAGACACGUGUGAGAAAGAUGUAGAAGGUUGCGAGCACGGUUGGAGGAAGUUCCACGGCCACUGCUACAGGUACUUCACCCACAGACACACCUGGGAGGAUGCAGAGAAAGACUGCAGAGAGCACAGUGCUCACCUCAGUAGCGUCAUCUCAGCUACUGAGCAGGAGUUUAUCAACGGUCUGGGUCAUGACAAUGCCUGGAUCGGUCUGAAUGACCGCACAGUGGAGGAAGACUUUCAGUGGACCGACAGCAACGACCUGGUAUAUGAAAACUGGAGGGAGAGCCAGCCAGAUAACUUCUUUGCAGGCGGGGAGGACUGUGUGGUGACCAUUGCCCAUGAGGACGGCAAGUGGAACGACGUGCCCUGCAACUACAACCUGCCCUACAUCUGCAAGAAAGGCACAGUGCUGUGUGGGACGCCGCCCGCAGUGGAGAACGCCCAUUUGAUAGGUCGGCGAAGGUCACAUUAUGACAUCCAUGCAGUGGUACGCUACCAGUGCUCCGAGGGCUUCUUCCAGCGUCACAUCCCCACUGCUCGCUGCCGGGCCGACGGGAGCUGGGAGAGACCCAGGAUCAUCUGCACAAAGUCCCGGCGGUCACACCGGUACCGACGCCACCACCACAAUCAGCACAACGAACGCCACGGACACAGGAGACACGGAGUAGAGGGACAAAAGGCCAGAGAGGACACACACAGCUACUACUGAACCAAAUAACACAACCUUCUUCAAAGGCUAGGUGCUAACCAUGGCCCAUAAAGAAAGACAGUAGUCCACAUCAUUUCCAUUCCUUUUCCUACUUCUAUUUCUACUUUAUUUCUCCUGAUCAAUAAGGUUUUAUUACACUAACAUACAGUUUAUCCCUUCUUUUUUUUUUACCCUGCUAACUGAGGUCCAUGCGAACACUAACUAUAACACUAACUCUUAUUAACGCCUCCCUCUGAAAUAUCUCGAUACAGUAAAUCCUCUUCCUGUCUCUGAACUAAAACCCUCUCUGUCGGUCAGACUAACAGCUGUGUGUGAGCGUGUGUGAGCGUGUGCAUGUAAGAGAGAAACUUAGAAAAGUGCGGAGUCACUUUUUUUGUUGUCGCAAAUAUUUGCUUGUUCUACCUGAAAAAUGACUCUCAUCCUAAUGUUCUGUUAGCAAAGCACAGAUGUAAUUGAUGGAAGUUAGCAUUCAGUCCCCGGUGAUCCUGAGCUUUUUGUAUGUGUACUGUAGCUGUUACUUUUUCCAUUGAGCCCCUGAAUAGUUUGUUUUACUCCACUCACUUGCUUUUUCUAAUAUUUGCUAUUUUUGUGUUAUGUUGCUAUUUAUUAUGAAUUGUUUGCUAGUGAAUAUGCUUUCUUUUUUUACUUAUACUUCAGAGAGCCAAUGUAACAACCUUUUUCUAUACCAGUACAUAAAUCAAACAAUCAACAAUAAAUUUAAUUCAUCAUUAGAUUGCAUCUAAUCUCUGUAUUGUAAAUAUUGUGGUGUUUGUUUUUGGCUGGUCCCUGAUCAAUAGCUUGACCUUGUCUUGCCCUCUCAGCUAGUGAAUAUGUCCCAUUGACAUAGAUAGUGAGGAUGGGAUUACACAAUACUUUCUUGAGAUAACCACCUGAUUGUAUCUGAAUUGCUAAAUACUUUCAAUCUUUGCACGGCUAUAUUUACCUGAUGGGUACGUCACUUUUGUUUUUGUCUUUGGUCUCUUUGAUAUUUGAUUGGUCAUCCACUUUUUUGGUGUUCUUAUGACUUUUUGUCCUGCUGUUGUAUUCCAUUCUUAAUAAAGUGAGAAAAUGAACAACAGCA